AUGCCAGGGGCGGUGGCGCCCCCAUGGGGCCCUCCUAGGGACAGCAGCGCCCAGGGACGAAGGAGCUCCCAGGGGUCGUGCAGAGACGGUGGCGCCCUUAGUGUCCAUUUCAGGGGCAGUGGGGCCUCCAGGGGCUCUCCGAGGGACGGCGGUGCCCCUAGGGUUCCUUUCAGGGCCAGCAGCACUCCCUGGGACCCUCUCAGGGGCGGUGACGCCCCAGGGGACAUACCAUGGGCGCUGGUGUCCCUAGAGGCUCUCCCAUGGACAGCAGCGCCCCCAGGGGCUCUCCGCGGGACAGCAGCGAUACCAGGGACCUUCCCAGGGACGGUGGCGCUCCCAUGUGCCGUGCCUAGGGUGGUGGUGCCCCCUGAGGGUCAUGAGGCAGGGGGAGAGUUGGCAGAGGGUCAUGAGGCAGGGGGAGAGUUGUCAGAGGGUCAUGAAGCAGGGGGAGAGUUGGCAAGGGGUCAUGAAGCAAGGGGUCAUGAGACAAGGGGUCAUGAAGCAGGGGGUCAUGAGGCAGGGGGCCAUGAGGCAGGGGGUCAUGAAGCAGGGGAAGAGUUGGCAGGAAGAGAGUUGCCAGGGGAUCAUGAGGCAGGGGGAGAGAUGCCCACUUUGACAAACUUCUCACUGCUUCCACAUUUCUGGAGCAUUAAUGCUAUAGUAGUUGUAGAAAAAUCACUGAAAUACUCUUUUGUGAAUUAG